UGACAUUCUCCAAGUGGACAUCGUAAAAGCAAACUGGGGAUCGCGUCCUGCUCGGCAAUAGAAGUCCUAAGCACCGUAUCUUGAUUGGAGAGUGGGCAAAAUGGCGCUCUCUUCCACUAAUUUCCUCCUCCUCUUCCUUCUCUUGUUCCUCGGCUCUCAUUCUCCCUCCAAGGCAGUGACGCUACGCCCUCCCUUCUGGAAAUCAUGGUGGCCGAGGCGCAGCAACGAGCGUUUUUCCACUUACCAAUACGAAACCAGAUACUUCACCCAGACGCUCGAUCACUUCAGCUUCAAGCAGUUGGGCUCCUUCCAGCAGAGGUACCUCCUGAACCAGCACCACUGGUCCGGCGCCCUACGGAUGGGUCCCAUCUUCUUCUACUGCGGCAACGAAGGCGGCAUCGAGUGGUUCGCAGAGAACACAGGCUUUAUGUGGGAUAUAGCCCCGCGCUUCGGCGCCAUGCUCGUUUUCGCUGAGCAUCGUUAUUAUGGCCAAUCCUUGCCAUAUGGAAGCAGGGAGAAAGCAUACCAGAAUGCUGAUACUUUGUCUUAUCUUACUGCUGAGCAAGCUCUUGCAGACUUUGCAACUCUAGUUAUUGACCUCAAAAGAAAUUUUUCUGCUGAAGCAUGUCCUGUAAUUUUAUUUGGAGGCUCUUAUGGUGGAAUGUUAGCUGCUUGGAUGAGGAUGAAAUAUCCACAUAUUGCUGUUGGAGCUCUUUCUUCAUCUGCACCUAUAUUGCAAUUUCAGGAUAUUGUGCCAUCCCAAAUUUUUUAUGACAUCGUGUCCAAUGACUUUAAGAGAGAAAGUUUGAGCUGCUUUAAAUGUAUAAAGGAGUCCUGGAAUAUUCUUGAACAUUUGGGCCAGACAAGUGAAGGCUUGGCAAAUCUUAGCAGAAGAUUUAACUUAUGCUGGAAGCUAAACAGAACCCAGGAUCUUGCGGAUUGGUUGAGUUCUGCUUACAGCUAUUUGGCCAUGGUGAACUAUCCCUAUCCUGCAAACUUUCUGAUGCCUUUACCAGCAUUCCCAAUAAAGGAGGUUUGCAAAAGAAUGGAUAGUUAUCCUGAUGGGACAGGUAUUCUGGAUCGUAUAUUUGGAGGAAUUAGCAUUUACUACAAUUAUACUGGAUCUGUUGAUUGCUUUGAUAUACGCGAUGAUCCUCAUGGAAUGAAUGGCUGGAAUUGGCAGGCUUGUACUGAGAUGGUUAUGCCCAUGUCUAGCAAUGAAGAAAGCAGCAUGUUUCCUCCUUACUGUUUUGACUAUGAUGCUUAUCAAGAUCAAUGCAUAAAGGAAUUUGGUGUCCGCCCAAGACCCAAAUGGAUAACCACUGAAUUUGGUGGCCAUGAUUUAGAAAGAGACUUGAAGCACUUUGGCAGCAAUAUCAUUUUUGCAAAUGGAUUAUUAGAUCCUUGGAGUGGGGGCGGUGUGCUGCAAAAUGUGUCAGAUAGUAUAAUAUCACUUGUAACUGAAGAAGGUGCUCAUCAUUUGGAUCUUCGGGCUGCCACUGAUCAGGAUCCAGAAUGGUUAGUAGACCAGAGGGAAUCUGAAGUUGAGAUAAUCCGAGGAUGGAUAUCUGAUUAUUACACGGGAAAGGCAUCUUCCUUUUGACAUGUGAUUGACUAGAAUAUUCCAUUACUGGAGAUCAUUCUUAAAGGAAAGGUUUGUACAGCAUAGAUGUGCAUCAUACCUAUGGAUAGCUGCUUGUCUAACAGUAGCUGCUGAUUAUAAGGUCAGCGCUGCUGCAACUAAAAUGAAAGAAAUAAAAAGAAUAAUUGGAGUUGCA